AGAGAGUGAUCUUCCAUCUCCUGGUUCAACUCCCAAAAUGGCCGCAAUGGCAAGGGCUGGGCCAGCUGAAGCCGAGUCAGGAGCUACCUUCAGGUCUCCUACAUGGGUGCAGGGGCCCAUGUACCUCGGCCAUCCUCCGCUUCUUAGGCGUACCAGCAGGGAGCUGGAUCAGAAGUGGAGCAUCUGGGACUCAAACUGAUGGCCAUAUGGGAUGCUGGUGCUACAAGCCACAGCUUUAACCUGUGGAGCCAUAGCCCUAAUUUUUUUUUUUUUUUUUUUUAAUGACUGAUUUAUUGAAGGCAGAGUUAUAGAGAGAGGGAGAGACAGAUCUUCCAUUCAGCUGUUCACUCCCCAAAUGGCCACACUGGCUAGGGCUGGGCAAGGCUGAAGUCAGGAGCCAGGAUCUCCCAUGUGGGUGGCAGGGCCCCAAAUCUUUGGGCCAUUUUCGACUACAUUUCUGGGUACUUAGCAAGGAGCUAUUAUUCCACAAGUUAUCAGUGAACAACUCAUGUGCUGCUGCCUCCCAGGUCUAUUCCUCACCAAAGAUGAGGGGAGGGUAUUCAUAAUCUGACAGUCUGCACCUCUGAGACUGGUGGUGAGGUGACCGAGAGCCUGAAGAUACAUUUUGAGAGAGCCUAAGACCAUUUCUGUUUCAUUAGAUCAAAAGCCUUGAAACUUUUUUCAAGGGAAACCAGAGGGUCUCAAGUCUGAAAAACGAAAUGGGAAGUGGGCAGCCAAGGGCUUUAGAUCAGGUGAUGAUGGAGAACCUGUCCCAGUGAUUUUUCUCCCGCUAGACAUGAGAAUCAUCUGUUUGUCAGCGUAGACUUGGUUCCUGCCCUGACUACCAUUAAUCUGCUGGAGAAGCCUGGACUUGUGUACAUUUCACGUUCUUGUGUGAAUGAGUGACCUGGCAAUCAGUAGCUAUGAUGGGGAAUAAAAAGACAUGCUGCUUGUUCAAAGUGAAGCAAAAAGAAAGAUAGCAAAACAAAGUUUGGAAGUUCUGGUUUUGGAAAUAAGUUGGGAAAGUCCAACUGGAAGUAGCUGCAGGGCCUAUUCAGCAGUCCACCCACAACACAACCUCCUGUCCUACCCAGCAGCUCUGUCAGAACCCAGUUUGUAAUCUUAGAGGUAAGCCCACCUGACUUGCCCAUCUCUGAUCCUGCCUUUCAGAACUUGAUCCUUGAAUUUUCAGUCCACAGACUACCCAAGAGAACUCAGCUGCCCUCUCUGACUGCAAAUCAAAUGAAGGAGAGUUGCUUUUAAUUAGGUCAUUUGAAGAGAGUUUUCCAAAGUUAAUUUUGGGCCCUGAAUAUACGUGUGUACAGUAAUGAUGUUACAGUGGGUUAUUAGGAACUAAUGCUAUUAAGUGCCUGAUGUAAUUGGAGAAAGGCAACUUUGCCACAUGAAGUCAUCGGAAAAGAAAAAAAGAUUCCUGGGGCCAGUGCUCUGGCUUAGUGGGAAUGCCUGCAUUUUAUAUGGGUGCUGGUUCAAGUCCCAGACACUCCACUUCUGAUCCAGCUCCCUGCUAAUACUCCUGGAGAACAGCAGAUGACGACCUAAGUGCUUGGACCCCUGUACCCACGUGGGAGAUCUGGAAGAAGCUCCUGGCUCCUAGCUUAAGAUCGCCCCAGUUCUGACCACUGGCAGCCACUUGGAGAGUGAGCCAGCAAAUAGAAGACCUUUCUUUUCUGUCUCGCUAACUGUGCCUUUCAAAAUAAAAUCUGUCUUUCAAAAAAGAUUGUCAAGUGGGAAUACAGUCCAUGGGGAACUCUGAAUGUGGAGUCUGGAUGUGUUCACCAACCUUUGAGUAUGCUCUUGGUUUCCUGUCUGUAAACUGGCAAGAACAAAACAUCUCCUGGGGUCAUGGUAACAAAGUGUUGGCCUGGGAGACCUGACGCCGCUUCCAUUUUGAAUGUUUGUCUCCUCUGCUCUCAAUGAAUCAACACCUUGGCAGAGCUCCACAGUAGGGCCUGGCAGAGGGUGUGUCCUUGGCCACUGGGGAUAGGGUGGUACCGAGGGGACAGGGUAGGGGUGAAACUAGCUGGGUACAUUUAAUCGUGGACGUUAAUGCACUGCUGGAAGUUCAGGGCUAACCCAGGAAUCCAUUUGUUCACCUAAUUAAGAAAGCAGUUCUUGAAUAAAUACCAGGUUUUGUUUGACAUUCAGAAUGAGACCUCUUGUCAUGUGGAGGUCAGCAUUUCUGGAGUCUUGGGGGCUAAGGGUCCUCUAAUAAAAGGCUUUGUGCUAACAUCCAGGGAAACCCUGCCAACUCUCAGUGUGAUCCUUUGAUCACAGGCCACCCACCCCAUUGUAAUGUUUGGUAGUGGAAGAAGUAAAGGAUCCUUUGUGGGGCUGGCUGCAGCUAGCUACAAAUGAAAUCUGGCCAGACAUUUGAGGACUUGUGAAAGCUCAGUAGAGACCAUAAUGGAGCUGCUCUUCUGGGCAGUGCUGUCAACUCAAGCACUCUGACCCAGGUAAAGCCGGUGUGUGCCGGUGUGAAUGGAGGUGGGCCUGAGGGUUUCUCUUCGGUCUGCAGGCAUGGCUGUGAGGGCUGUGUCUGAGGCCUUAGGGUUAACUUUGGUAUCCAGCUGUUUGAUCUCAUUCCCCACCUGUAAGCUGGUAGGCUGGCCAACUUCUGAUCCUGAGCAGUGGUAGAAUCAGGCCCUUUUCUCCAUCAAGUAUCCCACCCCCAGCCACACUCAAACACACAAGGACUAUGGCCUUACUAAGUUGUGAGAGAUGAUUUGUAUUAGGAUCCCUGUGUUCUGGAGAGGGGCCUGUGUAGCUGCUGAAAAUAGUCCAACCUGUCUGGGAACCAGGAAGGACUGGGCUUUCGGGGACAUCCACCACAGCUUGCUGUUGUCUUCCUUCAGAGCAGUCCCUUGGCUGCUUCUCCAGGUUUGAGGAUCCCUCCUACUUAAAGGCAGGCUGUGGCCACGUGGCCCUGCCCCGCCCUUGCUGGCUCCAGUUUCUGAGUCAGAGCUGCAGUGGCCUGUGUCUCACCCUUCUCAUCAGACGGGAAGCCUGGACUGUGGACUGUGGGCUGGGGGCAGCCGCAGCCUCUCCCUAGUACCCACUGCACACGGCUCCUAGGCACCUGCUCUGGACCCUGGAGACCCUUAAAAGCUGCCAGCAAGCCUGAGAAGACUGCAUUCUGGCACACGAGCAGAGCCAGAUUUCACACUGAGCAGCUGCAGUCGGAGGAAUCAGAGAAAGCGCCACCCAGCCCCAGAUUCCAAGGGCCUGCUGGGCCUCUCCUCUUCCUCCUCCUCCGCAAGGAAGACCCCGAGGCCGCUGUGUCAGGCCAGCUCCUGGGCUGUCAUGGGCCUGGCUGCAGCCACGCCCCGGCUGCCCUCCCCGCUGCGAGGCAGAUAGGGUGGCUGCCUGCCCAGGAGCACUUGCCCGCUGCCUGGCUGCACCCUUGGGCCAGCCCUUGCUGACUUGGUGGCCACUGUCACUCACCUGAGGCCAUGUAGGCCCUGCCCGGGCCUCUGUGGACACAGCGCCGCCGACAGCGCCUCUGCUCUCAGGGGAGCCAGCACACCACCAUGCCCCGGGGAAUCGCCUGGCUGCGCUAUCUUGGGAUCCUCCUGGGCAUGGUCUUGGGGAACAAGGGCUUGGAGGUGUGGCCCUUGACUGACAGCAAGGACUGCACCGUCACCGGCUUCCUGCGGGACAAGCUGCAGUACAGGAACCGGCUUCAGUACAUGAAACACUACUUCCCCAUCAACUACAGGAUCGGCGUGCCUUACGAGGGGGUGCUGAGAAUCGCCAACAUCACCAGGCUGAGGGCCCGGGUAAGCGAGCGGGAGCUGCGGUAUCUGUGGGUCCUGGUGAGUCUCAGCGCUGCCGAGUCGGUGCAGGAAGUGUUGCUCGAGGGCCACCCGUCCUGGAAGUACCUGCAGGAGGUGCAGACGCUGCUGCUGAACGUCCAGCAGGACCUCCUGGAUGUGGAGGUCAGCCCCAAGGUGGAGGCAGUGCUGUCGCUCCUGAACGCCCCGGGGCUGAGCCUCAAGCUGGUGCGGCCCAAAGCCCUGCUGGACAACUGCUUCCGGGUCAUGGAGCUGCUCUACUGCUCUUGCUGUAAGCGGAGCUCCGUCCUUAACUGGCAGGACUGCGAGGUGCCGAGCCCGCAGCCCCGCGGCUGACCGCCCCCUGCGCGCCCCGCGCUCCCGGCUCCAGCGCUCAACUCCAGGCUCCGUGAAGCGGCUCAGGGCCCGGGGCAGAGGCCUCUUGCCCUGGUGACCCGGGCUGGGGUCUCAGCUGGGCGGGUGGUGGUGGUGGUGCGGGUGCCGUGGGCCCAGGGAGAGAACCCCGGGAAGAGCGAGGCGGCCUCACCUGGCCUGGCGGGGCUGCGGGGCUGCGGCCUCACCUGCGUGGAAGUGGUGCCGCGCCUCCUGCAGCAGCCAGGGCGCUGGCCAGAGGCUCGGGCCGCGGCGCUGAUGCCACGUCUUGCCACAGUGGAUGCUCUCCCAGUUCUCGUAUUUUUUCUAUUAAACACCCGCUUUGUUCCGUU